GUUCAUCUGAAGUUGUCCAAUCACUACUUGUGUCAGGUCGAUGGAUAUCCGCUAGUUGUUUACAUUUCUCGUGUGAUUAUUCGUUUCUGCAAUGUCAAACGAUAAAGCAAUCCAGUGGAAAGAACUUUUAAAGAGGAGAGUGGCCUCCUCAAAAAAAGUAGAGAAAACAGAAGAGGAGAAGAAAGAAGAAGAAAUUCGUCUGUUCACAAAGUAUUACAGCGAGUGGAAGGGCGGAGAGAAACGAGACUCCACUUAUAAAAACAUACCGCGCUUUUAUUACAGGCUUCCAGCUGAAGAUGAGGUUUUGCUGCAGAAAUUGCGUGAGGAGUCCAGAGCUGUGUUUCUGCAGAGGAAAAGCAGAGAGCUUCUGGACAACGAAGAAUUACAGAACCUGUGGUUUUUGCUGGACAAACACCAGGUACUCCCAAUGACUGGAGAGGAAGCUACGAUUAAUUAUGACAGCUUCUUGAAAGUCGGGGAAAAAGCAGGAGCAAAGUGCAAGCAGUUCUUCACUGCCAGAGUGUAUGCCAAGCUCCUUAAUGGUGAUCCAUAUGGACGGAUAUCAAUAAUGCAGUUCUUUAACUAUGUCAUGAGAAAAGUUUGGCUUCACCAGACCAGAAUUGGGCUGAGUUUGUAUGACGUGGCAGGACAGGGCUACCUCCGGGAGUCGGACCUGGAGAACUACAUUCUGGAGCUCAUCCCCACCCUCCCUCAGCUGGAUGGCCUGGAGAAGUCAUUUUACUCCUUCUAUGUCUGCACUGCGGUCCGCAAAUUCUUCUUCUUUCUGGACCCUCUGCGCACCGGGAAAAUAAAAAUUCAAGACAUCCUGGCGUGCAGCUUUUUGGACGACCUUCUUGAGCUGAGAGAUGAGGAACUGUCCAAGGAGAGCCAGGAGUCAAACUGGUUCUCUGCACCGUCUGCUCUGAGGGUCUAUGGUCAGUACUUGAAUCUGGACAAGGACCACAAUGGGAUGCUGAGUAAGGAGGAACUGUCUCGCUAUGGCACUGGAACCCUGACCGACGUCUUCCUGGACCGCGUCUACCAGGAGUGCCUCACUUAUGAUGGAGAAAUGGACUACAAGACCUACCUGGAUUUUGUACUGGCUUUGGAGAACAGGAAGGAGCCAGCAGCUCUCCAAUAUAUCUUCAAGCUGCUGGACAUGGAGAACAAGGGCUAUCUAAACGUGUUUGCACUCAAUUACUUCUUCAGGGCCAUCCAGGAACAGAUGAAAUUGCAUGGGCAGGAGCCUGUGUCCUUCCAAGAUGUCAAGGAUGAGAUCUUUGACAUGGUGAAACCCAAGGACCCGUACAAGAUCACCCUCCAGGACCUAGUGACCAGCAGCCAGGGGGACACAGUCAGCAGUAUCCUCAUUGACCUGAAUGGGUUUUGGACCUAUGAGAACAGAGAGGUCCUUGUGGCCAAUGACAAUGACAGCAGCACUGAUCUGGAUGACACAUGACACUGCAGAUGGAUGGACUGCAUGGCAGGAAUAUUAAUUCUGCCUUCUGCGAAAUGUUCACAUGAAGCAUUCAGUCUGAAAAGCCCUUUCACUCUAAAGAGAAAUGUCAUGGACUGAAAUGACAAGACAAAAGUUAGUUAUUAAAAGUUUAUUAAGCUAGAUUAUGUACAAAAUGAGCAAUUUCCCCAAAUAAUUAUUUUAAAAAAGCCUUCAAUUGAAAGAUUUACAUAAAUAAAAGUUUUAUAAACAAU